AGAGAAAAGAGAAGCAGAUUCGCAUGUAACUUCCUUCGUUAAAUUAAAGGAAUUCAGUUUUGGGGGUAUGGAAAUUCUCUCGUAUAGAUCUGGUCCAUGCUGCCAAGCGAUGAACUUGCAGCGGAAAUCGGAUGACAAAUGUUCGAAUUCACGUCAUUCUAGGAUUCCCAUUUUCAAAGAGCGUGGGGUUUGUUAUACCAAUACCAUUUCUAGAAGAGGAUCAGUGAGAUUUCAUGAUAAUAAGGAGCAGCAAAGAGAUUUGGUUGGGUCUCUGACUGUUCUUGAAGGGUCCAAAAGAAUCAAUUGCAGGGCCUACAGUGAUAGAUACGAGGGCUAUGUGAUUGAUGGUGAGAAGGAUUUAACAGAUAUUUCAGGGAAAGAAGAAUCUGCAACUAGGAAUAUUCUCAUUCCAGGUUUGCCAGAUGGGUCAAACGGUGAAUGUGGUGCUCCGAUAAGUAGUUGCUUUUGGGAAUGGAGGCCUAAGCUCAACGUUCACUAUGAUAAGGCAGGGUGUGAGAACGUGGAUUCUCCACCUGUUGUGUUUCUUCCUGGUUUUGGUGUUGGCUCUUUCCAUUAUGAAAAGCAACUGAGAGAUUUGGGGCGUGAUAAUAGAGUAUGGGCACUGGAUUUUCUAGGCCAAGGAUUGUCCUUGCCCUUUGAAGAUCCUGCUCCUCACUAUAACAGGGAAGGAGAUACUUCAAAUGGAAAUGCUUCUUCAUGGGGUUUUGGUGAUGAAACGGAACCGUGGGCCACUAAUCUUGUAUACUCCAUUGAUUUAUGGCAUGACCAAGUUCGAUACUUCAUAGAAGAGGUCAUUGGCGAACCAGUGUACAUUGUGGGAAACUCAUUAGGAGGAUAUGUUGCAUUGUAUUUUGCGGCACGUAACCCUCAUUUAGUGAAAGGUGUCACACUUCUUAAUGCAACACCCUUUUGGGGGUUUCUUCCUAAUCCAAUAAAGAAUCCACGCCUAGCAAAAAUUUUUCCUUGGGCUGGAACAUUUCCCUUACCAGCAAGUGUAAGAAAACUGACAGAGUUGGUGUGGGAGAAAAUCAGUGAUCCUGCAAGUAUUGCAGAGGUACUUAAUCAAGUUUAUGCAGACCAUUCAACGAAUGUAGAUAGUUUAAUUUCACACAUUGUGGAAACCACACGGCAUCCUGCAGCAUCAGCAGCUUUUGCUUCAAUUAUGUGUGCUCCACAAGCACAGUUAUCUUUCAAUGAAUCAUUAUCUAGAUGUCGAAGAAUGAACGUGCCAAUGUGCCUGAUGUACGGGAGAGAAGAUCCGUGGGUAAAGCCACUCUGGGGAGUCCAGGUUAAAAGCAAGGUGCCUGAAGCUGCAUAUUAUGAAAUAAGCCCUGCUGGUCACUGCCCUCAUGAUGAAGUGCCUGAGGUGAUAAAUUUCUUGGUACGUGGGUGGAUGAGAAAUGUAGAAUCUGAAGGUUCUAUCUCACUGCCACUGCUUGAUGACUUAGUCUCUGUGAAAGAAGGUAACGUGUGGGAGUUAGAAUUUGUGAGAGAAGGUUCAAGAAAAUCAGCCAUGGUGAGAUUCUUCGGCUCCAGAAUCUCCCUUUUGGACAGAAUAAGAUCUUACAUCAACAACCCGAAAUUCAGCAGCUAAAUCUCAAUGAAACUAAGCUGUGGCACAACAUUCCUCUUAUGUAGAUUAGUUAUUAUUUGUUUGUGCCGUGUACAUUAGUUAUAUAAUCCGAAUCAAUUGUCCUUGUCGAAUGUUUUGUAACCAUAUAAACAUAAACAAAGACGAUAAAGUGAGUUACAUUUAUCGUUAGAUUAUUAUUUUA